AUGGUCUCUUUUUCGAAGCUCUUCACUGCUGCCCUGGUGGCUGCCUCUGCCGCAGCCUCUUCCAGCAAGCGCGGUGCAGCCUACAACGAUGCCUCCCUUGUCCGUACCCUAGCGAACAGCAAGUCCGGAAGUAUGUCGUGGUCAUACAACUGGGACAUGAAGAAGAACGGGAACAUGCCCUCCGGUGUUGAAUUUGUGCCGAUGCUCUGGGGUACUGACUCGGUGGAUGACUGGGACUCUGCAGUAAAGACUGCAUUGAAGGGUGGCAGCAAACAUAUCUUGGGUUUCAACGAACCGGACAACGCCUCGCAGGCCAACAUUGGUGCCUCCAAGGCGGCCACCUUGUACAAGAAGUAUAUCACCCCAUACGGAGAUAGCGCCAAGCUUGUCAGUCCGGCCAUCACUUCCUCCACUCAGUCCGGCGAGGGCAUCAGCUGGUUCAAGUCCUUCAUGAACGAUUGCAAGAGCUGCAACAUCUCCGCUAUGGCUGUUCACUGGUACGGUGGAUCAUUUGCUCAGCUCGAGUCGUAUAUGAAGGAGGCUAUCGAGGCUGCUUCGAAGUAUGAUAUCGACGAGGUCUGGCUCACCGAGUUCGCCCUGGAUUCCGACACCAACGGUAUCACCAAUGAGUCCACGGCUAAGACUUUCCUUGAGAAAUCUAUCGAGUGGAUGGACUCUCACCCUAAGGUGGGCCGUUACGCUUACUUCUAUACCGCAAACAACUACUUGCUUACCAGUGGCUCGGUCAAUGCUCUGGGCAAGGUCUAUAUUUCGACCUCUUCGUCUUCUUCUAGCUCUGAGACCUCGUCGACCAAGACUUCGACCAAAACCUCGACCAAGACCUCAACCAAGACUUCCACCAAGACUUCUACGAAGACUUCCACAAAGACCUCAUCAAAGACAACCAAGACAACAGAGACCUCCAAGACCACCAGUACCAAAUCCGCCCACACGACCAAGACUGCAGAGUCAACCAAGACGGUCAAGACCACCAAGUUCGUCACGUCCACCAAGACUGCAACGCACACCAAGACAGCUUCUAUUACACCGCAGGCUUCCUGGAACUCGGUGCCCACGAAGCCCGCAUACGGAUGGUAG